UUGAGGUUGAAGCUUCAUUCUUUCUAUACGAAGAUAAUAAAAACGUGCAUGGUAAGUUUCGGGAAUUACUUCGAGAGGUUGCCUGUGAAGCUUCCUAAUAACCGCCAUGUGGAGAAGGAGAAGAAGAAGGAGGUGAAAGAAGAGGAGGUGGAGAAUUGGGGGCUUAGAGAGUUGAUCGAUGGUGGUGACGUUGCUCCUGGUAGGAUUCUUCAUAGGAACAACAUUAACAUCGGUUCCUCAAGGUUUGUUUCUUACAACUCCUUUUAA